AAAGUGCUGGGAUUAUAGGCUGAGCCACCACGCCCAGCCGCACAGAGAUGUCUAAACCAACUUUGGGUAGGUUGGUUCUUGGUCUGGUCUGUGUGCCGGGCACCAGGGCCACCACACCCUCUCUGGUCCUGCCACCCCUCCAGGUGCCAAUGGCUCCUCUCUCUGUCUCCCUUCCAGCCCUCCUGCCUCCUGCCCACCAUGGCCUCUGCUGACAAGAAUGGUGGGAGCCUCUCCUCUGUGUCCAGCAGCCGUCUGCAGAGCCGGAAGCCACCCAACUUGUCCAUCACCAUCCCGCCCCCUGAGAAAGAGAACCAGACCCCGAGUGAGCAGGACAGCAUGCUCCCCGAGAGACCCAAGAACCCAGCCUACUUGAAGAGCGUCAGCCUCCAGGAGCCACGGGGACAACGGCAGGAGAGCAGCUCAGAGAAGCGCCCCGGCUUCCGCCGCCAGGCCUCCCUGUCCCAGAGCAUCCGCAAGGGCACAGCCCAGUGGUUCGGGGUCAGCGGCGACUGGGAGGGGAAGCGGCAGCACUGGCAGCGCCGAAGCCUGCACCACUGCAGCGUGCGCUACGGCCGCCUGAAGGCCUCGUGCCAGAGGGACCUGGAGCUCCCCAGCCAGGAGGUGCCGUCCUUCCAGGGCACGGAGUCCCCCAAGCCCUGCAAGAUGCCUAAGAUUGUGGAUCCGCUGGCCCGGGGCCGCGCCUUCCGCCACCCAGACGAGGUGGACCGGCCCCACGCCCCACACCCACCGCUGACCCCGGGGGUCCUGUCGCUCACCUCCUUCACCAGUGUCCGCUCUGGCUACUCCCACCUGCCACGCCGCAAGAGGCUGUCUGUGGCCCACAUGAGCUUUCAAGCUGCCGCUGCCCUCCUCAAAGGGCGCUCGGUCCUGGAUGCCACCGGACAGCAGUGCCAGGUGAUCAAACGCAGCUUCGCCUACCCCAGCUUCCUGGAGGAGGAUGCAGUUGAUGGGGCAGACACAUUUGACUCCUCAUUUUUUAGUAAGGAAGAAAUGAGCUCCAUGCCUGACGAUGUGUUUGAGUCUCCCCCACUUUCUGCCAGCUACUUCCGAGGGAUUCCGCGCUCAGCCUCCCCCAUCUCCCCCGACGGGGUGCAGAUCCCUCUGAAGGAGUAUGGCCGAGCCCCAGUCCCCGUGCCCCGGCGCGGCAAGCGCAUUGCCUCCAAGGUGAAGCACUUCGCCUUUGACCGGAAGAAGCGGCACUACGGCCUGGGCGUGGUGGGCAACUGGCUGAACCGCAGCUACCGCCACAGCAUCAGCAGCACCGUGCAGCGGCAACUGGAAAGCUUCGACAGCCACCGCCCCUACUUCACCUAUUGGCUGACCUUUGUCCACAUCAUCAUCACGCUGCUGGUGAUUUGCACGUAUGGCAUCGCGCCCGUGGGCUUUGCACAGCAUGUCACCACCCAGCUGGUGCUGCGGAACAAGGGUGUGUACGAGAGUGUGAAGUACAUCCAACAGGAGAACUUCUGGAUUGGCCCCAGCUCGAUUGACCUGAUCCACUUGGGCGCCAAGUUCUCACCCUGCAUCCGGAAGGACCGGCAAAUCGAGCAGCUGGUGCUGCGGGAGCGAGACCUGGAGCGGGAGUCGGGCUGCUGUGUCCAGAACGACCACUCAGGCUGCAUCCAGACUCAGCGGAAGGACUGCUCGGAGACUUUGGCCACUUUUGUCAAGUGGCAGAAUGACACCGAGCCCCCCAUGGACAAGUCUGAUCUGGGCCAGAGGCGGACAUCGAGGGCCGUUUGCCACCAGGACCCCAGGACCUGCGAGGAGCCAGCCUCCAGUGGCGCCCACAUCUGGCCUGAUGAUAUCACCAAGUGGCCGAUCUGCACAGAGCAGGCCAGGAGCAACCACACGGGCCUCCUGCACAUGGACUGCAAGAUCAAGGGCCGCCCCUGCUGCAUCGGCACCAAGGGAAGCUGUGAGAUCACCACUCGGGAGUACUGUGAGUUCAUGCAUGGCUACUUCCAUGAGGAAGCAACACUCUGCUCUCAGGUUCACUGCUUGGACAAGGUGUGUGGGCUUCUGCCCUUCCUCAACCCUGAGGUCCCAGAUCAGUUCUACAGGCUUUGGCUGUCUCUGUUCCUACACGCUGGCGUGGUGCACUGCCUCGUGUCUGUGGUCCUUCAAAUGACCAUCCUGCGAGACCUGGAGAAGCUGGCCGGCUGGCACCGUAUUGCCAUAAUCUUCAUCCUCAGCGGUAUCACAGGCAACCUGGCCAGCGCCAUCUUCCUCCCAUACCGGGCAGAGGUGGGCCCAGCUGGCUCGCAGUUCGGCCUCCUCGCCUGCCUCUUCGUGGAGCUCUUCCAGAGCUGGCAGCUGCUGGAGCGGCCCUGGAAGGCCUUCCUCAACCUCUCGGCCAUCGUGCUCUUCCUGUUCGCCUGCGGCAUCCUGCCCUGGAUCGACAACAUCGCCCACAUCUUCGGCUUCCUCAGUGGCUUGCUGCUGGCCUUCGCCUUCCUGCCCUACAUCACCUUUGGCACCAGCGACAAGUACCGCAAGCGAGCCCUCAUCCUCGUGUCCCUGCUGGUCUUCGCCGGCCUCUUUGCCUCGCUGGUGCUCUGGCUCUACAUCUAUCCCAUUAACUGGCCCUGGAUUGAGUACCUCACCUGCUUCCCCUUCACCAGCCGCUUCUGCGAGAAGUACGAGCUGGACCAGGUGCUGCACUGACCCCCUACUCAGCCUGGCUGGGCCCCGCUGCUACCACAGAGCACUGGCGACACACGGUCUGUGCUCGCAACCCGUCUGUGGGGCGCUCGGAAUGCCACAGACCCGCGAACAGGGGCCAGGCUCUGGGCUCAGGCACACCCCCUGCCAGGCAAGGCUGACUGUGUGAGAUGACCAAUAAAGAUGGGUUUCUUGGGGGAGUGAGGCCUGAGCAUUCCUGGCCCAGGCCUGGGGACACCGGGAGUCCCUGAAUCUUCGAGCCUUGGAUCCCAGGCCCUGAUUUCUUCCCUGUCCCCUGCUGUAACCAUCUCCUGGGGGCAGGUUUCUUUUCUUCCCAGGGUCUUUAGCCACUGCCUCUGGUGGUCCUGUUCCCACUCCCCACUAUUCCUUGCCAGGGAUGCUCCUUUGGUUGCCUGUAGGGGCUGGGUGCCCACCAUGCCCGCCACUGCCCCCUCCUGUUCCUCCUCUUUCCUCUGCCCUGUGAGUCCACCUGUAAGGCACCCAGGUGGGAAAUUGUGGGAGGGGCAUUGGUUGUGGUCUGGGAGGAGAGAAAAAGCAAGGAGACACAA